AUGUCUCAACACUUGCUUUUCACCAGCGAGUCCGUUACAGAAGGUCACCCAGACAAGAUGUGUGACAUUAUCUCAGACACAAUUCUUGAUGCCUGUCUUGCCCAGGAUCCACUUUCAAAAGUAGCAUGUGAAACAUGCACAAAGACAGGCAUUGUCUGCCUUCUCGGUGAGAUUACAUCCAAUGCUCACCUUGACUACCAGAAGCUCGUUCGUGAUGCUGUCCGCAACAUCGGUUACACAUCAUCCAAGCUCUGCUUCGACGCUGACACAUGCGCUGUCAUGGUUUCCGUUAGCCAGCAGUCCGCUGAUAUUGCUCAAGCUGUUCACCUUAACAAGGCUGCUGAAGAACUCGGUGCUGGUGAUCAAGGCAUCAUGUUCGGCUAUGCCACAGAUGAAACAAAGGAACUCUUCCCACUUACACACGUUCUUGCCCACAACCUUGCUCGCAAGCUCACAGAAGUCCGCAAGAACGGAACACUCCCAUUCCUUGGUCCAGAUGGCAAGACACAAGUUACAGUUGAGUACGAAAGAACAGAUGGCCAUCUCAAGCCACUCCGUAUCCACACAGUCCUUAUCUCUACGAUGCACACAGAUGAUGUCACAUUAGAGAAGCUUCGUGUUGCCGUUAAGGAGCACGUCAUUGAUGCAGUUCUUCCAAAGGAGCUCGUCGAUGACAAGACAAUUCUUCAUAUCAACCCAGGUGGCCGCUUUGUUAUCGGUGGUCCACUUGGUGACUCUGGUCUUACUGGUCGUAAGAUUAUCGUCGACAGUUACGGUGGUUGGGGAGCGCACGGCGGUGGUGCUUUCUCAGGAAAGGACCCAUCAAAAGUCGAUCGCUCUGCAUGUUAUGCUGCCCGUUGGGUUGCCAAGAGCCUUGUUGCAGCUGGCCUUUGCUCUCGUUGCUUAGUUCAGCUCUCCUACGCUAUUGGUGUUGCCCAUCCCCUUUCUGUCUUUGUCGAUACUUACGGAACUGGUAAAGGAAAGACCGAUGAGGAGCUCGUUGAAAUCAUUAACAAGAACUUCGAUCUCAGACCAUACGCUAUCAUCCGCGAUCUCGACCUUCUUCGCCCAAUUUACGCUCAAACUGCUGCUUAUGGUCACUUCGGCCGCACUGAUAUCGAUCUCCCAUGGGAAAAGGUCAAAGAGAUCAAGUUCUAA